AUGUUUCCAAACCAUUCCCCGGCAGGACUGUACAACGACCUCAGCAGCGCCAUCAUCCGCAUCACCGCAGCUGGCAUCCUCCCCUACCACCGCGAAAUAUACAACGGCCAGCACCCCAACCCAAUCCCCACACCACUGGUAGGUGGCUUCGGCGCAAUCGGGCACAUCACCGCCCUAGCACCCGACACAGCGGUCCUAAAAUCCGGCCAACUCGUCUACAUCGACUGCGUGAUCCGCGGUCGCGAUGACCCAGACUCGUUCUUCGUCUCAGCGAUCUACGAGGGGUUCAGCGAGAUCCGGGAUGUAUGGCGCGACGGGACGUUUGCCGAGUACGCCAUGGUUCCACUGGAGAACUGUAUCCCGCUGAACGAAGCGAGAUUGUGUGGUGGGCUGGGAUUUUUCGCUCCUGGACUUGGUGCUAGGGAGACGGUUAUUGUGUGUCCGGCGACGGGAUUUUAUAGUGGGAUUGGGGUGCAGAUUGCGGCGGCGAUGGGCGCGAGGGUGAUUGCUAUGGGGCGGAGUGGGGAGAAGUUGGGGAAGUUGAAGGAAGAGGGUUAUUUAAUGGGGGCUACGAAGAACAUCGGGGUUUCGGAGAUUAUGGGGAAAAUGAUGUAUGAGCGGGAUGCUGUCAUGCAGCUUGUCAAGAUGAUAGAGAGGGACUUGUUUCCUCUAGGUCGGGGUUUUCUGGACACUACGAUGUUCGGCUUGGAGCAGUGGAAGGAAGCCCUAGAUGUAGGUGCGGGGCAUAAUGGGAUUGGCAAAUGUGUAGCCUUUACUCCUGUUCGCAGUUGA